AUGGCAGAAGCCGCAGGAGGUAUGGCCGUAGCAGUGGAGUACGUCGGCGCCGUGGCCGCCGCCGUCGCAAGCGUCCACUGGUCGUGGUGGUUCUCCCACAUCGCCGCGCUUGUCUACUGGCCUGUGAGUGUGAUCAUGGCGCCUCUGUCAUUCAUCGGCCGUGUGGUUCUGGCCAUUCUCUCGCCUGGGAUAUACGUCGCCUCGUUCUUCGUGUUCGCUGGUAAAGGGGUUGUGGGGUUUCUCAUCAGUCUUGAGUUUGGUGUCGCCGCCCUGGUCGGCUCCCUGACUGGCCUGACCGUCGCCCUCACCUCAACCCUCUUAACCUCCCAGCUUGGCCUGCAGGACUCCCCUAACGACAAGUUCUACCAUCUCUCCCAGAGGAAGAAGGGACUCUACGCGCCUUACAACAACAAGGCACGGUACCGCGACAUGUCAGCCCCGACGUCAUCGUCGGACGAUACGCUCCAGAGGCGUGAUGGCUGGGGCAAGCUACGGCAGCAGCAGCAGCAGCAGCAGCAGCGUCAUCGUCGCCGCUUCGACGGCAUGGGUGCACGAGUGACAUCCGCCGGUCUCUUGUCACAGACCAUUCAUGAGGAGGAUGACUGA